AUAACAAAGAUUCGUCCUAAGAAAAUAAUAGAAAAUUUUGUUUCUGAGAGGCUAGAAAGUUCCGGAGACAUCGGAGGAACCCUAGAUUAAUAAAUGAGAAGGAGAGAGUGAGGAGAGGAGAGAGAGAUUGAGUAAACUCAUGGAGGAGGAGAAGAAGAAAGAGGGAUCGUAUAGGUACUGGGUGAGAGAAGCAACAGCGGACGCAGCUCCUCCUCCUCAGCCACAGAAGCUCACCAACAACGACGUCGCUUCCAAUGCUCCUGCCCUCGGCUCCCUAUGGAAUCAGGCUGGCACUUGGGAGGAAAAAAAUAUCACGAAAUGGGCCACUGAUCGAUUAAAGGAGCUGCUGGUGUCAGUGGGUUCACUGCAGUUCUCUUCUGGAAAAGCUGAGAUUAUAGAUGUUAACAGAUGUGUUGGAGAUGCUUUCUUGGUCACAGUUCGGAACAAGAAAAGAGUUGGCUAUACUUACGAGCUUUCCCUCAAAGUCCAAGUCUUUGUUCGUGUAAAUGCAACUUAUUUUUCCUACUCAGGAGAGUGGUCUUUUGAAGAGGACACGAAAAAGGUGAAGGGGAGUCUCGACAUUCCUGAGUUCUCAUUCGGCGAGCUUGAUGAUCUUGAGGUGAACGUGAAGCUCAGUGAAGACAAAGAGCUUUCCCAGCAACUGAAGCAGCAAGUUCGGUUAGAUAUGAAGCAGUUCUUGGAGCCUAUACGCCUGAAACUUGGACAGUUCGAGCAGGAACUCAAAGAUCGAUAGUGAUUGUUUCUUUCCAUUUCAUAUCAGCAAUUUUCUGUUAGCAUCGAGAACUUGGUUAAAACAUAACACUGCAUCUUAAAGUUUACCUUGUAUUCAUGCUUCAUCUGUCUACCAACUUCCACGUUUAUUGUCUAAAUUCAGUUCAUCAAUGAACUUUUAGUCUUUUAUCUAA